ACUUCAUCCUCAAUUCAACACCUUAGUUCUCCAUCUCAAUUUGUUUCUCUCCAAGGCGAAGCUAGAGUUUUGUGUUUCAUCAUACAAGAGAUGAAGAUCUCUUUGGCUCUAGCUUUUCUUGGAAUUUUGGGUGCUCUCUCUGUUGUAGCAGAAGAUCGCUAUCAAUUUUUCACAUGGGAAGUUACUUAUGGAACAAUUUACCCUCUUGGGGUUCCUCAACAGGGCAUUCUUAUCAAUGGCCAAUUUCCAGGCCCUACAAUUGAUGGCAUCACUAAUGACAACAUCGUUGUUAAUGUCAUUAACAAGCUUGACGAGAAAUUCCUCAUCACAUGGAAUGGUAUAAAGCAGAGAAGGACAUCAUGGGAAGAUGGAGUAUUGGGAACAAACUGCCCAAUCCCUCCUAAGAGCAAUUGGACAUACAAGUUCCAACUGAAAGAUCAAAUUGGAACAUACACAUACUUCCCAUCAACCAAGCUCCAUAAAGCUGCUGGAGGUUUUGGGGCACUUAACAUUGCCCAAAGAUCUGUUAUUUCCAUUCCCUACCCUGCUCCUGAUGCUGAAUUCACCCUUCUUGUUGGUGAUUGGUACAAGACCAACCACAAGGUACUAAGGAGACUAUUGGACUUUGGUAAGAAACUUCCUUCUCCUGAUGCUCUUCUCAUCAAUGGGCAAAGAGAUUCUGCUGUCUUUACUGGUCAAGCAGGGAAGACUUACAAAUUCAGAGUGUCCAAUGUUGGGUUAACAACAUCAAUCAACUUCAGGAUUCAAGGCCACACAUUGAAACUGAUUGAAGUUGAAGGUGCUCACACAUUACAGGACACAUAUGAGUCCCUUGAUAUUCAUGUGGGUCAAUCAGUGGCGGUUUUGGUCACACUUAACCAACCUGUGAAUGGCUACACCAUUGUUGCUACUAGCCGCUUCACUCCCAUUGUUCUCACCACCACAGCCACUCUUCAAUAUGCUGGCUCCACUUCUAAGGCCCCUGGUCCAUUGCCCAUUGCCCCAACUACAGAUGUAGAUUGGUCCAUGAAACAAGCCAACUCCAUCAGGUUGAAUUUGACAGCAAACGCAGCAAGGCCAAAUCCUCAAGGAUCAUUUCACUAUGGAACCAUCCCUAUCACAAGGACAAUCAUAUUGGCAAAUUCUGAAGCAAACAUCCAUGGCAAGCUACGAUAUGCAGUGAAUAGAAUCUCCCACAUUAAUCCACUCACGGCAUUGAAGCUUGCUGAUUGGUUCAACAUUCCAGGAGUGUUCAACCUCAACACUAUCAGUGACGUUCCUCCUCCUGCAGGUACCCCUGCCAAAUUAGGAACCUCUGUGGUAGGACUUACCCUUCAUGACUUCGUAGAAAUCAUCUUCCAGAACAAUGAAGACACAAUCCAGUCAUGGCACAUGGAUGGAUCUAGCUUCUAUGCUGUUGGAUAUGAAAAUGGCGUAUGGACACCUGCCAGCAGAAACACUUACAACUUGGCUGAUGCGGUUCCAAGAUACACUGUUCAGGUGUAUCCAAAAUCAUGGACGGCCAUAUUGGUAUCUUUGGACAAUAAGGGGAUGUGGAAUUUGAGAUCUGCAAUUUGGCCAAGGCAAUAUUUGGGACAAGAAUUGUAUCUCAGGGUCUGGAACAACGAGAAGAGUCUAUACACUGAAGCUAACAUCCCUGACAAUGCACUGUUAUGUGGCAUGGCCAAACACCUGCACUAAUCAUAUUAAUUAGUCUAUGUAGACUUUUAAGAGAUGAGGUUUUAAUUUCAUUAUUAUUAUUAUUAUAUUAUAUUGGUUUAAGUUGUAAGUUGCAACUCUGAUUUUUAUCUUCUUUAAUUUCAUUCUUAUCAUUAAUUUGUUUAGAAACUUCAGUUACGAGAGUGUGACUGUCAAACAAUGAAAAAAAAAGUAGAUCGGGUUUCAAUAUUGAGGCCCAUUUAGGAGCAGUGGUGCCAGUGCAAUUUGAUGUUGUGUUAGAUUAUUUCUUGUAAUCAUAAUAAAGUUUUUUUUUCCAAUA